AUGGGGUUGGUGAGGCUCUCGGCACGGGAAGAAGCAAGAACGGAAUUUACAUCUUGGUACUGGGAGAGGAUGGGCUCAGAGCUGUUGUGGGGCAUUGCUUGGCUCCAACAGCAGAGAGAGAAGGCAGGAGGUCCUGCCAUCAUGCCUUGUCCCGCUCUGGAGACCCCUGCUGUCUCCCCAGAGCAAAAGGAAAAGCUGGGUGUCCUGGACUGGAGCCACUAUGGAGACUGCAAGCUUUGGGGGUCGUGGGCUGGUGAGGAGUGCCCACAUCCCCACCCUGAAAGGACAGUUCUCUCUGCCUGGCUUGAGUGGGCCAGAGCACUGGGUGGGUGCAGGCAGAAUCCAUGGAUGCGGAAAAGACUGCAGCUGACUCCUCUUCACUGUGUGCCCUCUCAGGUGGCGCUGCUGGAUGCUGUUGCAUGCCCUGAGGAGGAAGGGUUUUCAGAGGCUGUAUGCCCGAUGGAGGAGGAAGAGGAGGAGGAAGAAUACAGGAGACCUGUCACCUUCACACUGGGAAAUGAGAUACUGGGGCUGGGCCCAGAGAAAGAGUUUCAGAGCCCUGAUGCUGAGGUCUAUAUGCACUUCUUGAGGAGCCACUGCUGUUAUGAUGCCAUCCCCACCAGCUGCAAACUUGUUGUCUUUGACAUCUCCCUGGAGAUCAAGAAAGCCUUUUUGGCACUGGUGGCCAACGGGGUGCGUGCUGCCCCUCUCUGGGACAGCAAGACACAGAGCUUUGUGGGGAUGCUCACCAUCACCGACUUCAUCAACAUCCUCCACCGCUACUACCGCUCACCUUUGGUUCAGAUCUACGAGGUGGAGGAGCACAAGAUUGAGACCUGGAGAGAGGUGUACCUGCAGGGCUCCCUCAAGCCACUGGUCUACAUCUCUCCGAGCCAUAGCCUCUUUGAUGCUGUCUACUGCCUGAUCAAGCACAAAAUCCACCGCCUGCCCGUCAUUGAGCCUGUCUCGGGCAAUGUCCUGCACAUCCUGACGCACAAGCGCAUCCUCAAGUUUCUCCACAUCUUUGAUUCUACCAUCCCCAAACCACGCUUCCUGAAGAAAACAGUGCAGGAACUGUGCAUUGGCACCUUCCGUGAUCUGGCUGUCGUGCCUGAGACCGCCCCAAUCUACACUGCCUUGGAGAUUUUUGUGGAUCGCCGUGUCUCCGCCUUGCCUGUCAUCAAUGAUGCUGGGCAAGUGGUUGGCCUGUACUCGCGGUUUGAUGUCAUUCACCUGGCAGCCCAGAAGACCUACAACAACCUGGACAUCAGUGUGAAGGAGGCACUGCAGCAACGCAGUGUCUGCCUGGAGGGGGUUCUCACCUGCUACCCCCAUGAACCUAUGGAGGACAUAAUUGACCGCAUUGCCAAGGAGCAGGUCCAUCGCCUGGUUCUGGUGGAUGAGAACCGGUACCCACGGGGCAUUGUCUCCCUCUCUGACAUCCUGCAGGCCCUUGUGCUCACUCCUGCAGGUAUCGAUGCUCUUAACUCUUAGCCCACGGUGCUCCAUCUUUCUCCACUUGCACCCUCAAUUUCUUUCCACUUCAGGUAGGCGCCACCCCCCUUGCUGUGUCCCCUCCCUGCUGCUGGGUCACCUGCCUCUCCCCCAUCCUGGGGGAGAGAGGUGGCUGGGGCAGGGUCUGGCAGUGCUGGGUGCCCAGGUGGGGACAGCAGGACCCAGAUGCUCCUUGUUCCAGGGGUACACAAGGAUCACAGGGGAUCCCUGGUGACUGUGAGGAAGGAUGAGGGCACCUUCCAUGGAGACACUUCGCCAGAGCCCCAUUCAGGCAGCAUGUGGAGUGCAGGUUUUGCAGGUCCCUGGGCUUUGAGCUGGGCGAGGGGUUUGGGGUGUGAUGCACCCCAAGACAAAAGCCUAUAUUUGAUCUUGCCUUAAUUCCCCUCGAGACCUGAGCACCUCCAGUGCCAUUCCAAAGGGACACAGAGUGGACAGACCCCCACUCACACACCCCAGCUGCCUACCACUAGCCAUAAGCAAAAUGUGGCCAACCAUGGGCCCCAGCUGGCAGAGCCCCCCACCCCCUCCACUUGCAACAGCACCAAAACUGUCUGUUCCAGAGACAGGGCUCACUCCCAGGUGGCACUGGAACCACACUGCCUGGCCACCUCAGCUGGCUUUGCUCACCCAUUGCCUGGUGAGUCCUUACUGGCUAUGGGCAGGCAUGUUCCUGGCACCCACUGUGGCACCUCUUUAGUAGUGAAAUGAGGAAGGGGGAGUUUGGCUCAGUUCCCAACUGCUUCCCAAAGGUAAUUAUGCUUUUUGGGGGGGUGGUGGGCAAUGGGUAGGGAUGGGCCUGUUGCCUACCAGUUACCCCAGCAGUGCCCAGCUGCUUUGCACAGAAGGGGACUGGGAAUGGUGUGUGUUAGCCACACAUGGGAUAUCCCCCUUGCCCCCAUUCCCCCAUCACGGUGCCUUCGCUCACCCUAUCCCUGGUGCCUACAGGGAUGGUUGUGUCAGGAGCUGCAGGGGACCACUGAGAUGUCCCUCUCCAGCCAAGCUGCCCUCCCUCCUACCCCAGGGCCUGUAUACAAGCAAGGAAUGGAGGAAAGACCCCAGUGUCCACUGGGCUGGUUGGAGGGGCUGUGUCACAGGGUGCCCAGUCCAGCACUCAUCUGGGGUUAUGGUCUCACAUGGUUUCUUGCCCCACAGGUAUCGAUCGAUCCUCACUCUGAAGACACCAGGAAAAUGCCACUGUCUUGUCUGACUCAGUGAUCUCUUGCAUGACCUGUGAGAAAGAGGCCUGGGCCUGAAGGCUCUCUGUGGGGAGGACAUGCCUGUUCACCCCAGUCCUCGGGCUCGUCUUGAGUCCAGUGCUAGAUCCUGCCAGUCUUGGAGAGGCAGAAACACUGAAAAUGGGACCCAGGGGUGCCUCCUGCCAGUGAGCACACAGUGAUGCUCAGUGGGCACUGUGCUGGAGAGGCUGCAAGUUGACUGCAGCUGGGCAGAGACCCGUGUAGCCCCAGAGGACCUGGCCAUCCCUCUGCCAUCCUGCUAAUGGAUUUGAGCAUUUCUAUUGGGGCUCCCUCCUAGUGAACACAGUCCCGCUGUCUGUGCCCGGUGCCUGGUAGUAUAGGCUCAGCUGCACACACAGGCUUUUUUAUUUUAGGGUCACACAGGGCUGGAGCUCUCUGGCAGAGGCAGUCUGUGCCAGAGCAGGCAGCAGGAUGGCCACUUGCAUGGAGACCCUGUGCACGUUUUGGGGUGGGCAGGGGAUAUUUAUUUAUUUGUCAGUCUGUUCAGCCUUGCUGUAACAAAGCAGCCUGAUCCAAGAACUGCCUCUUGCCUUUCUGGGGUAAAACUGGGCAUGACUCCUCUGGAGAGAACCAGGCUGGGGAAGGGGUACUGGCUGCUUGCCAGCAAUUUUGGCACUGGCAGAGUACUACCUCUGCCCAUGUGGGUAGAAAUGAGGGGGUGGGGACACAGGGCAUGCCAUCUCAAUCAUUUUGGUGCUGUGCAGGUCCCUUCGGGGAUACACUGAGGGACAGAAGCUUUGGUACCAGCAAGGUUUCUGCCUGCUGCUUCCCUCAGUCCAAAAAGGAAAGUAUGAGGAGUUCACUGUUAAGAAUGUCCCAUGCCCCAUCCCUCGAGGACCCUGGGCAAAUGGCAGUGCAUCCUCUGCCUGUGGCUGCUACCAGCUGUGAGCCUUGCAAUGGUCCUGGCAUGGGAGUAGGGGAUUCUGGGCUGAUAUUUCUCCUCCUGCUUUGCCUGCAACAAGCCCUGCCAUUCCUGAGACCCCAUAUCAGCAUGUCAGCAAUAACAGCUGACAGUGGAAAGUCCCAGGAACUAAACGCCCCUCCUGUGCUGGCUGGCUCUGCCAGGGGACCAAAUACCAGUGCUGGGUGGUGACAGGCCUCCUCCCAUC